UAUUUUGCAUUUAUACGCUUUCUUAUUAUUAACGCUACAGUCCUUGGUCCAAAGUUAUCACUUCCUCUAAGUCUGGGAGUUGGUACAUUCCCCUUCCGGGUUUAUAACUGUAAUGUGUAUUGCCUUUUGUUAACGCGUUUUGAACUUCUCGGCCACCGUAAUAAAUUGAUACGUAGUGGGGUUUGCAGCGAUUAGCUUUCGUCUGUGAAUUUUCUAUUUAUUCAGUAUUAUCAUUCAUAACUCAAUUGACCGUCAUAAUUCGUUUUAGUAUGACUGUCACGUCUCAUUUUUUCUGUUGUGGCUGACAGAAACCUGAUGAUAGCUUCUUGGUAUAAUAGCCAGGCCAGUUUGCGCUCAGCAAGUUUGUUAGCAUUAGCUAAUGCAGCGCUACCUAAACGUUACUAAACCACAUAGCCAAGCUACAGGCUUCACCUCGAACGCCAUUUAUAGUUUAUGUGUGGUAAAACAGCCAGAUUAGGUGAAGAUGCUUGUUUGUAAUUUCUGAAGUCCCCCCCCUAGUUUGGUAACGUUAGCUAGCCGACGAAGGAUUACUGGGGUUCUGGACAACCAUGGCAGAUGAAAAUACUCACUUCUGUGGCAAUUGCAAGCAUGACAUUCCAGAAGCAAAUUUCACAACCCAUGAGAUCCACUGUCGGAGGAACAUCGCACUUUGUGAUGUGUGCCAGGAGCCGGUACCACGUGCCGAUCUACAGGAGCACAAGCAGAAGGAGCACAUCCAGAUUACUUGCAAGUGUGGACUCACUAUAAACAAGAAUCAAAUUGAAGUUCACCAGAACUCUGACUGCUCUCAGCGAUUGGUCCUGUGCCAGUACUGUGAGCUGGAGACUGUUUUUAGUCAAUCCAAAGAGCAUGAGGAUUACUGUGGAGUUCGAACCGAGCCUUGUCCACAGUGCAAGUGCAAUGUCAUGCUGAGGGAAAAAGCCCUGCAUCCCAUGUUAUGUGGGAGUACCGCUCUGCUCCAAGACCGGAACAACAGCAGCUUGAGUCGCAAUUCAGCAGACCUCCAGGCUCCAGGGGCCUGGUUUGAUGGCCACUCCAUCCGAAACCCCCUCAGAGGAGAAGAGCGAGGACCAAAGGAAAACAACCUCAGUACAGCCAAACAUCAGGUCUUUCCACGUACAUUUGAGUCCAGAUUGUAUAACACUUCAGCAGGACCACAGGGCAGCGGCGAUUGGAAGAAUAUUACCCCGAGGAAUAUGACAUCCAGCCAGUUGGCAGAACAGAACGACUUCUUGAGUCACAGCAGUAUGUGGCCACUUCAGGAUGAGGACUCGUCAGGCUUGGACUACAUGCUGGCCCUCAGCCUGCAGACAGAUGGAGAGUCCAUGGCUGGCGGUGGAGAGGCUAGUUUGUGGAGUGACAUCUGGGACCACACGAAGACCUCCACCACCUCCGUCGGGGGUCAAGUCUCCACGACCAACAACAACUAUCCAAACUUCCUCUCUCGCACAAGUGCGGUUCAGGACCGUGAUCAAACAGACAUCAUGCUUCCCUGUGAGUUUUGUGAAGAACUGUUUCCUGAGGAGGACCUCAUUUUGCAUCAGACUGGCUGCAGCCCUGCGUCCGCAUUUGCGUCUUACAGCAAGCAGCCGUCGUCUCCCCCUAAAGAGGACAGGAAUGCUUCUGGUCUGAUGCGAAGCCUCCCAAACACGUUGGCCUCUAACAUCCCCACCUUCCCUCGAUCCGUCUCGCCAGCCUCAUACAGUCCACCAGCCAGUCCACUAGAGGGCGACGUGGUGAUUCCUUGUGAAUUCUGUGGCGUUGCGCUGGAAGAGGCUGUUGUCUUUCACCAUCAGGAUAAAUGUGAUAUGCGCCCUCAAACCACCUUUCCACUUAACAAUAUAACAAAAGCAUCUAUAAAAAAAACUCCUGCCAAGGACGUGUUUGGACGGGUUUCUCCAGAUUUUCAGAGGAGUAUAAAGCCUCAAGGUGACUUCUUGGACCAGGAUUUGGGAUUGGGCCGAGACCCCAUGCCAGGACAAAGCCCAAGGGAAUGGCCGAGAGGCUACAUUGGACGGCCCAGUCAGCGAAAGACGUCCAACUGUGACCUUUCUGCACAAAACAAAGCUCAGCAUGGCAGGGAAUCCGAGGUGGCUUUGUCAUCUUUUUUGGACUCUGACAAGUCAGGCUCUGACUAUUUAAAGGGACUACAUUUAACAGAGAACAAAGACGGGAGAGGAAACAGAAGGAAUGUGUUAACAAAGCUCCCGAAGAAGCAGAAUGAAGACCAACAGGAGGAAUGAGCUCCUCUCCUAUCUCUGCUUUUCCUUUCUGUCCAUGUGUGAAAUCAUAAAUUCAUAUAAGUGCCUGUGUCAGCAGCAACACCACGUUACAGUUAACAUUUAAAAUGGUGAUUUGGUUUUGCUAUGAAAAUUAUACUUUACAUUUUUGGUCUCCGUUGAUAUUGGUUUUUUUUGUGUCAAUUGUUGUUACUAAAACAUUUGUAUUCACCAUCCUUAAUUUGAAUGUUUCUUUGUAUAACCUUAAUAGCACUUGAAUUAUGCAUCUUUGAACUACAGAACAUUUUUAUACUGUUGAAUAUUCAUAUUUAGCAAUUUAGGUAAUAUUUGAUAGUUUUCAGUAUGUCCUGUUCAGUCUUCAUUUACGUAAUAUGGAGUUUUCUGUUGUCAUAUUUUGCAAAACAAAAUUAACAAAGUUUUGUAUCAAAGAAAUGUAUCUAUGUGCCACAAGUGUAUGAGAUCUACAGCAAAACAUUUGUUAAUGAAUAUUCUUUUCUAAAUAAAAUUUGUUGCUGGUUAAAUAUCAGAACAACAAUCCCCACCAGAGAUGCGCAAGCAAACGGUGAAACCUCCCGGUGUGGUGUUUGUUCAUGCACGUUGA